CGAUGGGUUCCCGGCGGAGACCUCUGGGCCGCUCCUACUCGGGCAACGGGUCUUCCUUGGGCUACUGCCCCGGGCCCGGCAGCGACGGCGAGGAUAACGGGCCCCUGGUGGAGUACCGGCCGGAUAGGCGCAACUACCUGCUUAGCGUGCGCCCCGCCAACAGGGGUACCUUCUGUGCAAUCAUUGCUCAGCUGACCGAAGAGACCCAGCCCGUCUUUGAAACAACUCUCAAAUCCUACGCCGUCUCGAAGGACGCCGAUGCCAAAUUCACGUGCAUUGUGAUAGGAUAUCCACCGCCAGAGGUGACCUGGUACAGAGAUAACGAAGAGAUGGAUCGAUACUGUGGAUUGCCGAAAUAUGAGAUUUUGCGACAUGGGAACCGACACACCCUGCAGUUAUACAAGUGUCAAGAGGAGGACGCAGCUAUUUACCAGGCCUCAGCAAGAAACAACAAGGGCAUUGUGUCCUGUUCUGGGGUUCUGGAGGUUGGAACCAUGACGGAGUACAAAAUCCACCAACGGUGGUUUGCCAAGCUCAAGAGGAAUGCCGAAGCCAAGCUGUAUGAGAUAGAGCAGAGCAGGAAGCUAGGGAAGGAGAACGUGGAGAUGGAACAGCUGAGACGAGUCAGUCCAGACAGGUUCCAGAGGAAGCGACGGUUGACCGGAGAGGUGGGCAUGCGUUCGGGGACCUCCCUCUGGGACAAGGAGGAAGUGGCCAAGGUGCGGAUCCCAGACGGGAAGGCCUGUUUUGGUGAAGAUGAGAAUGCCAAGAACAGAGAGGCCUCUCUGACUGCCCCCACCCUGUUCCCCAAUGACUUCUUAGCAGGACAUCUGGAAACAGAAGUGGCCACCGCCAAUGGGGACUCUUCCCUGGAAAGCGGGGAGGAAAAUGGAGAAAGGGAUGACCAUGGUUUUCUUCAAUAUAUUUACGAAACGGUGGGAAUUGUGACCAAGGAGUUUUCAGCGAAGAAGAAGAAGAAAGAGGAAGAUAAGGCAGCUCCAUCAAAUGCGAGCCAAGAGGACUCCCAACUAGAGGAUGGCAUGCAACCAAGGAGAAAGGUCUCCAUGCAGAAGGAGGCUGGGCCUGCUAUCCCGUCCCCAAAAGUUGCAUCUCCUAUAGUCAACGGAAGACCAGUGGAAACCCAACCCCAAGAGAACUGCCUGCUGCAUUCCCCCGCUUCCAAACCCGAGGUGCAUUUUUCGUUGAAAGAGAUGUAUUAUGAGGCUGGAGCAAAGCCUAAAGCAGAGAAGAAGGUGCUAGAAAGUAAGGCAAGAGCUAUGGAAAAGGCCCUUCCCACUAGAGACUUUUCCAACACGGAAGACACUCUUCCAACAACUGUUCAAGCUUUGAGAAGGGCCAAGGCAGAAGAAGAAAGAAAUGAAACCCAAGCCAGGCAGAAAUCUAAGGGCAUGGAGAUAAAGCAGGGUGAAACGGAAGCCCCUGGGACUGACCGGGAAUCGAACCCCCAGCAAUUCCAGCAUCCCAGCCAGGCAGUGGAGCCCACCGCAGAGGUCCUGAUAGGACAUCAAGUGGAAUGUCCAAGCAGCAGUGCCCCAAAAAGCGAUGUUUUGCAGCCUGGCCAAGCUGGUCCACCAAGAAUUGGAAGUCCACCUCUCUUUGCAGGAGGGGAAGUCCUUCUCAUCCGUGAAACGGACUUGCUGGACUCUGAAGCCCAGCCAGAGUUGCAGCUCCCAGAGGCUGGACCUGUGGAUUUGACCCUGCCUUUGCAGGGAGCAAGGCUAGCCCUUACCCCAGUAGCCUGGGAGGAGAAACCGUUGCCUGAUCCAGGGCCUUCUGAGGCUCUAAAUUCCAAGUUUAGGGAGGAAGCAAAAGAGAAAACCACUUGCUUUUCAAUAAGGAAAGAUAUCCUGGAAGAUUCAGGAAUAAAAUGGUCAGAGGAGAAAUCUGGUUCCAGCCCAGAGAUCCAGGACUCAAAUAUGGGAAAGCAACACCUGGAAGAGCACCAGCCAGCAAUUUUCCAGAAUCGUCCGGUGACUUCUCAAAAUACCCCAGGCAUUUCUUCUAGUGUCCCAUUACCAAAUGGGAUGGACAAUCGGGUUCAGAAGGAAGAUGCAGAGAAGUAUUGUCCAGGUUGGGGCCAGGAUGAAACCCAAUGUGGACUACCUUCUAAUCGUGAGAGUAAGCAGCCAAUUACUCCCGCAUUAACAGCCCAAGAAACCCGUUUUCAGGGUAGAUCCAAGGAUGAGUUGGACCAAGUUGCUCCUUGGACCAAAGGCACGAGAGGAGAAGAGCAAGAAGAAGCCCCUAAGUUAUUGAGAGAGAAUACACCCACCCCCCAAAUGCAUUUAGUUCCGGAGAGGAAGAGGUCAUCUGAAGCAAUAGAAAGAUCACGACCGAUCUCAGAAGUUGCCACCACCACCCCAGGUCUUUCUCAAGUUGUUUCAGAGAGUCCUCCUCCAGCUUCAACAGUGACGAGCGCUCCCGUGCUUCACGAUUCCCAAGAAAAAACUCUGCUUUGUCCAGUCAAAGAAGACCUUCUUGAGAGGAACCAAUCCGUAGCCCACUUGCUAAAAGAUAUUAAGAGAGAAACAGAAACUCAGCCACCUGGGACAAUGGUGGCUUCAGAAGAACCAGACCGGCAAGUCACCAGGACUGAAACCAAAGAGGUCUGUGUGCAGAAAGAAUUCCUGGUUCCUCCAAGGAGUAAAAAAGAGAAGCAAGAGUCUAAAAUGUACACCAAGAAGACAGAGGUUAGAGAUAAGGAAAAGGACACAAUAGCUUCUGAUAUUCUUUCAAGAGAGAAUUCUCGUCCUCCUGAGGCGGUAGUGGAGGAGAAUCUAUCCCUGGAGAAAGACCAGAAUACCGACCUUGUUUCUUCUUUGAAAAAUUAUUUGCUGUUGCUCUUGAAGAUCACCUCCGAGUCAGACAAAAGCAAAGCCAGAAGCCCCAAGCCAGAAGCCAAGAUGAUGGAGGAGAAGACUCCACUAAGUGCUAUUCCAAAACACCUGCCAGAUGUGGGCAUUGCGGGAUUAACUCCCCGGACUUCCAGGAAGAUCUUCGAACAGGUGGAGACCGAUCAACUUUUCCAGAGUGCUGAGAACUUGCAGUUGACGCCUAGAACUUCUCGGAAACUCACAGGGAUGAUCAACCAAGAACUGCUUGCUUGUCAGAAGAACCUCAACAUUGAACCGGAGACGCCUCCUUUGCCCUGUGUUCCCUCCAUUGUGGUCGGCGGCAUUGGCGGUGAACCAGCAGGUCUCCCCCACCUUCCCUCUUCUGAGAUUGUUAGUGACACCCCAACAGCCCUGCCAAGUGCCACACCUGAGGAGCUGGCAUCUGGCGCCCGUCGGAAGAUCUUUCUACCCAAAACCAAGCCAACGGAGGAGAUGGAAGAAGGGGUCCCGGAGAGUCAGCUGUGGCCUAAAAGGGACAGUCCCAGUGUGUCUCCACAGCAGGGCCGAAAGAGCCAGGCUCUCUUGCAGACCUCGGCCCCGGGUUCUCCUGCGGAGAAGCGCUCUCCAAGCUUGGCCAGGAAGAUGGCAACACUGGAGGUUCCCAAGAUGUAUCAGGAGACGGCGGGAGAAAGCCAAAAGGAGGAGGACAGCUCCCCGUUGGUGCCAGAGGGUGUAGAAGAAAGUGUGCCCAAGGUGGGAGAAUCUAGGAAAACCAACGAUCCAUUUAAAGCGCCACAAGUGGUUCGCAAGAUCCGAGGGGAACAGUUCUCUGAUGCCUCCGGGAAUUUGAAGCUAUGGUGUCAGUUCUUCAAUAUCUUGAGUGACUCUAAGCUUACCUGGUACAAGGAUGAGGUGCCCAUGGCAGAAGUCAAAAGAAGCUCCGGAGACGAAGGACAGGCAGCUCUGGCCAUCGUGCAGAUGUCCCUGAAGGAUUGUGGGGUGUAUCAGUGUACCAUCCAGAAUGAAUAUGGGACUGACAGUACUGAUUUCCUGCUAAGCUCUGAAGUGCUGUCUGGAUUUAUUGCCAAAGAAGAAAUAGAAGCUGGAGAGGAGAUUGAGAUGACCCCCAUGGUGUUUGCCAAAGGUCUAGCUGACUCUGGCUUCUGGGGGGAUAAGCUCUUUGGUCGGAUCAUGGUGGAGGACCUGGAGGUUGGACAAGGAUUUCUACGCAAGGCUUGCCGGGCCCGGGCCAUAUAUGGCCUUGAGCCGGUCUUUGAGUCUGGGCACACUGGCAUUAUCAAGGUCCACAACCUCAUUGCAUUUGGUGGACGCAGCGAGAACACGUUGGUGGAGAGGAAUUAUGAUAUCACCAUUCAGGAGUGUAAAAUCCAGAAUUCCAGUCGGGAAUACUGCAAGAUCUUUGCCGCGGAGACAAGAGUCAUUGCUGACUUUGGAUCAGUACCUGAGAUAAUCCCACUUUACCUCAUCUAUCGCCCAGCCAACAAUAUUCCUUAUGCAACCAUGGAGGAAGACUUGCCUGGCUCGUUUCAGUGCUACUGUGGACGAGAAGGAGGUGGCAACCGGUUGGCUCCACCCAACCUCUCUGAGAUUGGCCAAAAAUGCUCCGCUUUCCAGCACUGGCUUUACCAGUGGACAAAUGGCAAUAUCUUGGUGACAGACUUGGAAGGGGUUGGAUGGAAAGUCACCAAUGUGAAGAUUGCUACCAAAACCAAGGGGUACCAAGGCCUGAAGGAGAGCUGUUACCCCAACCUCCUCAAUCACUUCGUGACCUCCCAUCAAUGCAACCGUUACUGUGAGCUCCUUGCUCUCAAGAGCCUUGAGGUUCCUCAACCACCCCCGAGAAGCAAAGGUUCCCGGAGCCCCAACGUGGGCAGGAAAUCCUCGUCAGCCCAAUCCAGCCCUCAGCUCCAGAAGAAAGGCCUCUCUAGUCCCCAGGCUUCCAGAAAAGGGUCUGUAAGCCCCAAGAAUGCCCGGAAAGGUCCAGAACACGUGGCGGAAUCACAAUCGACGGCAUGGCCCAAAGGAAGAGACGGCGACAAGAUAGGACAGCUGCAGUGACGGGCAGUGGGGGCCAUCAGCCCCACACCUUGUGUGUGCCUGAGGAAGGGGACGGGAUGUCUUUGUCCCCCUGUGGCUCCCCCCACUCCUUUCCAAGUGUGAGGUCUGUGUGUGGUGUUUGAUGGAAUGAGCCAUGCUCUCUGGGCAGGUUUGAAACCCCCUCAGGAACGAUGUGUGAAUGCAACCGUGUGCUCACUACCGAACCUGCGAGAGAGUCCCAUCUCCAGAGUCCCAUCACAUGAGCCUGGCCCUCUGUGGUCCUGUUUCUCCUUGGUGCUUGGGCCGCGCUUUGAAUAUUGAGCCUCUCUUUGGGUUCCCAAUAGGUUUGAAGUCCAAGAUGGGGUCUGGACGCCAGGUGGCUGGGCUGUAACACAGGACUCACGCCCUUGACUGCAAUGCCCUACCAACGACCCAACGCUUUCUGCUUUUCCCAUGACGGAGUGGGCCAACCACCACCCCAGUCAAGACUCUUGAGAAUGAACUUGGGCCCAAGGCUCUCUUCCCGCCCACGCCCAAAAGACCGCCUAGGAGAAAAGAGUUGACUUCUUCCUUCUCCUCGGCUGCUUCCUUGAUGGGACUCCAUGUGACGUGGCUGCGACGGUAUCUCCUUGCAGUGUUUGGGGACAAUUCAAGCGUCCAACAUGUCACGGGAGGACAUUUGGUCCAUCGAUUGAGGCUGCUGUGAUGAACGGAAGAUUAAACCCUUCUUGCUCGACUACCCUUCCUGUUCCAUCCACUCCUGGUGCACAUAUUUUGCACACCGAAACCUCUGGUUUCAGUUAAGGUUUUGAUCUCCCAUCAAGAGAUCAAAGAAUAAGGGACACGUUGCUGUCAGAGACUCCGGGACAUGAAUAUUCAAAGCAGAUCUGUUAUAUUUCUUACCUGUGAAUGAUCACAGAUAGCUCGCAUUCACAUCACGGGCUGAACUUGGUUACUGAACUGAUGUUUUUUUUUUUUUUUUUUUGCUGGAUUCACAUCAUACACGGACCUGUAAGUUAACCAAAGAAGCUGGAUUCACACACCAAACUCCCCCCCCCCACUUAAAGAGAAACUGGCUUAACCGGAACCAAGUUCAGCCUGUAUGAAUGCAGUUCCUAAAUUUACAGCUGACAAGGAUAUUGUAUGAACAUAGCUAUAAGUGUGCUGUCUGGGUUGCAGUCUUCCUCAGUCUAACUUCUUCUAGAUGUGUUGGGAUUAGCCAGGAUUCAAAACCUUAGGAAUUCUGGAAGUACAGAUCUGUCACUCCUUGAGGUUGUAGAGUUAGGGAAGGCCUUUUAGAU